AUGUCGCGGAGGCAGAAAUCAGCACGCCAACUUCUUUAUAAUACACCAUAUCCAACUCCCGAGGAGAAAAUAGCACGGGUGCUUGGUGGGAGAGGUAAGCAUCUGUAUGAAAUUCAACUGAUUGAUGGUACAUCCACGCUUGCGACACUUCCUCCCAGAUUCAGAAACGUUGUUUGGGUUAAGAGAGGCGGCUAUGUUAUUGUACUACCGGUCGAAGGAGAAAAUAAAAUUGGAGCAGAGAUCGUGCAUGUCCUUCUGAAUGAGCACAUCAAACAAUUAAGAGCAGAGAGCAUUUGGCCUAAAGAAUUUGAUUCUAGCCAAGAGGCAACAAAAGAGGAGCCACGAAUAUCGGAAGGUGCUGAUGAAGAAGAUGAUAUAUUUAUUAAUGAUAAUCGGGUAACCGUAGAAGAAUCCUCUCCUGAAGAAGACGAGGACGAGGACGAUUAG